AAAAAAGGAAACGGAAAAAAUAUCACAUUUCACCCACUUUUUUCUUUUCUCUUUUCAAAUUUACUAUACCCAAAUCUAUUAUCCAAACACAGUAUUAAUCAAUAUCCUUAGGAAUAACUGCAUUACAGUAUUGAAGUUGCUACCAUUACGAUGCUAAUAUGCCGUUACACGCACUACAUGAAAUUAUGCAAUUUUAUCAUCUGCAACCCAACCCCCUUUAUAUGAUUUGAAAUGUGGGUUCUUUAGUGUUUAGGUGUGUCUUUGCAGGAUGGAAAGUAAAAGCAAUUACAAUCACCAUUAGCAUAUCAACACUCGUUGUGAUGGUAUUGCUUGGCUCUUGUAUCCACCACAAAAGGAAAAGAGCAGGGAAAGGACAAAGGUUUGGCAAUAACUACAACUGUGAACAUUUGCGAGGCGAGAAGCACACAAAAUCACAUGACUUUCCUUCAAUCGAGUUAAAUCUUAUACAUGUAGCUACAAAAUAUUUUUCGGAAGAAAAUAAGCUUGGUGAAGGCGGAUUUGGUCCAGUUUACAAGGGUACAUUACCAAAUGGCAAGGAAAUUGCAGUUAAGAGACUCUCAAGAACUUCUGGCCAAGGUCUACAAGAACUUGAGAAUGAAGUUACUUUAAUUGCAAGACUACAACAUAGAAAUCUUGUUAAACUAUUGGGUUGUUGCUUGGAGGGAAAUGAGUCACUUCUCAUCUAUGAGUACAUGCCCAACAAAAGCUUAGACAUCUUCCUCUUUGACUCAACUAAAGCUGUGCAAUUAGAUUGGAAGAGACGCCUUCUCAUUAUUAAUGGAAUUGCUAGAGGCCUUCUUUACCUGCAUGAGGAUUCUCGACUUAGAAUAAUUCAUCGGGACCUGAAAACUAGCAACGUUCUGCUGGAUGAUGAGAUGAAUCCCAAAAUAUCAGAUUUUGGAAUGGCAAGGAUUUUUGGUAGAAAUCAAAGUGAAUCCAACACAAACAGAGUAGUUGGAACAUAUGGAUAUAUGGCUCCUGAGUAUGCUAUGGAAGGAAUAUUUUCAAUUAAGUCUGAUGUUUUUAGUUUUGGAGUUCUCUUGUUGGAGAUGAUAAGUGGGAAAAGGAACAAUGGCUUUUAUCUUUCUGAGCAUGGGCAUAGCCUUCUCACUUUUGCAUGGAAAUUAUGGUCUGAAGAUCAAGGAUUGGUGCUAAUGGACCCAUUAUUGGGGCAAUCAUGUGUAGCAACGGAGGUGUCAAAAUGCAUCCAUAUCGGAUUAUUGUGUGUCCAAGAAGAUGCAUCAGAUAGACCCACUAUGUCAUCUGUAGUUGUUAUGUUGAGAAACAAUACUGUGACACUUCCUCGACCAACGCAACCGGCAUUUUCUAUUGGGCAACUAGUCUUGAAAUCAGCUCAAUCCUCACCAAUUGUUGAAUUAUACACUGUCAAUGAAGUAACUCAUUCAGAUGUAUUGCCUCGAUGACUCUUACUAUUAAAUUCUUCUUUUCCUAGUUCUUUGAAAAGAUACAUGGACAAACACAUUUUUUAUUUAUCGAGCAAUGAGAUAAAGUGUAAAACUUUGUUUGCAGUCAUAAUCCUUACUAUCAUUCAGAUUUUAUCAAUAUAUAGA